AUGUCUUCUAGUUCUACUCCUACACAGCAUAUAUCAACCUCCUCGCCCCCUUUGAACCCUACCAUGACACCUCAGACUACACAGCUCAGGCGCUCUCGCCCUAGCCAUGUCCAGACAAAUCUCCCCUCAACAACAACACAACAACAAGCUACCAUACCAGCCUCUGCUAUAAGCGCAUCCUCUGUGGCAUCCAGCUCCCAGCAGGGUUCGCCCAUCAUGUCUCCCGAGACCGCCGUCAUAACGAGCAACAGCUCAGUCCAACCGUCCCCUGAGCAGAGGGGUCGCGAAUUCAUUGACGACCAAUUCUCAGCAGGCUCCUUCCAACUCCCAGAGUCGGUUCUGUCAAGGAAAACAAGCGACAACUCACUGGGCCAAACCCUUGUGGGUAGCCCAAGUGCCAUGUCAGAGGCCGUGAGCAAAAGCAACAACAUCAUCAGACGCCUGUCGAACAGAGCCACCGCCAGGUUCUCCCGUCGUAGGACCUCCUCUGCGGCCCCCAACAGCCGCGAUGGCAGCAUCGGCCCUGGCAUGCUUCGACGAAGAUCUGACAGCAACAACACGGCCCCGCCCGAACUCGCCGCGUAUAGCGACUCUGACGACGAGUUUGUCGACGACGGGGACGACCUCCGGUCAUUAAUAGGUCUUGAAGGGCCCCUGAGAGAAUCGUCCUCGAACAGCACAACGGCAUCCCUUGCUGGCUCUGCCUCCCCUUCUAACACCACCGCUGGACCUGUAAUCCCCUUUCAGCUGCUCAAGGGCACCUGGAUCAGGAAGGUCUCUAAGAAAAACUGGAAGAAACGUUUCAUCUUAGUCUUCGACCAAGAAGCCGCCAAGAUUUCCUGGGACAAGAACAGGCCGCACAAGUGCCUCUACAUUGAUGACAUUAAGGAGAUCAGGACAGGUUCCGAUAUCCGACAGUACCGCAUUGACUACGGUGUGCCAGAAACCGAGGAGGGCCGGUGGUUCUCCAUUAUGUACGCCGUACCCGACAAAUCCAAGACUAAGAUGAUGCAUCUCGUGGCCGAUGACGACAGUACCUUUUACAACUGGGUUACCACCCUCGAAGCAAUCUCAAAACACCGGCAGGAUAUGAUGGCCUCGUUGAUGGCGUUCAACGAUCGUGCCAUUCGCGACUACUGGGUCACCGAAAUGAACAAGCAGUGCCUUGGUGGUGAGAAGCACCCCAACCCUAUCGAAGAAGGCGACAUCGACUUUGACGGGGUUCAGCGGGUCUGUCGGAAUCUCCACAUCCAUGCCUCGCCCAGUCAGUUGCGUGCUAAAUUUCAUGCGGCUGAUGUCACCAACACUGGUCGUCUGAACUUUUACGAGUUCCAGACUUUCGUCGGUUACAUGAAACGACGUGACGACAUUCGACAGAUAUAUAAUCUAAACGCGGCUUCUCCAGAGACGGGCCUCACACUCAAGGAGUUUUUGGGCUUCUUACGUGAAGUCCAGUGCGAAAAUGUCGAUGCCGACCUCGCAGCUUGGGAGGCAUUAUACAGCAAGUUUGCCCGCAAGUUCCGCACAAAGGAGGGCGAUAAGCCAGACGCAACGAACGCUGACGGUCCAAGGAUGGGCGAUGCAGCGUUCGCGGCUUUCCUGACCUCGACCUAUAACCUGCCUGUCUACAAGGAGCCCAAAGAAUACACCCUGGACCGACCACUCAACGAAUACUUCAUCUCCAGCUCCCACAACACCUACCUUCUUGGUCGACAGGUUGCUGGCCUCUCUAGCGUUGAGGGUUACAUCUCCGCGCUUGCCCGUGGCUGCCGCUGCGUCGAGGUUGACUGUUGGGAUGGUGCAGAUGGCCAGCCUACCGUCAACCAUGGCAGAACCCUCACUACCUCAAUUAGUUUCCAGGAGACUAUGACGACCAUCAACAAGUAUGCCUUUGUUAAGACUCGUUACCCUCUUUGGAUCUCUUUGGAGGUACACUGCUCCCCGCCGCAGCAGGCUGAGAUGGCUCGUAUCAUCAAGGAAACUUUCGGUCCCCGGCUCGUCACUGAGCCAUUGGAUCCUUCAUCUGACAGGCUUCCUACUCCUGAGCAACUUAAGGAGCGCGUUCUCAUCAAGGUCAAGCGUCCUCAGCCAAAGGAGGAAACCAAGGCAGUUGAGAUCACUGGUCGCCGCCGUGGUAACAGCCUUACCUCGCCCUAUCCGAAGCCAGUUCAGCUCGACAACAGCGUCAUCCCCUCGCAGUCUCUGCCCCAGAGUCCUAUCCUGAGCCCUAGCCACUCCUCCCGACGAUUGGUUAGCAAGAGCCGUGUCAACACCAUCACCGAGGGCGAGGUUCAAGAAGCCAUGAGCAGCAGCACAAGCGAUAACGACAGCGCUGGUGAACGUGUACCCGCAAGGAGGUCCUCCAACAAGACUGUGAAGGUUCUUGGAGACUUGGGUGUCUACUGCGCAGGGCUCAAGUUUGGCGGCUUCGAUACUGCCGAUGCUAAGGCUUAUAACCACAUCUUCUCCUUCAUGGAAUCCAGCUUCUUCAGGAAUAGCCGGCUCAAGGAGGAUAGAGUAGCCAUGGACCGACACAACAUGCGCUACAUGAUGCGCGUGUACCCCGACCGUACCAGAAUCACCUCGAACAACUUCAACCCGGUCAGUUACUGGCGCAAGGGUGUGCAGAUGGCUGCUCUCAACUGGCAGACUUUUGAUCUGGGCAUGCAGAUCAACCAGGCAAUGUACGAGAGCGGCACCGACAAAUCGGGAUACGUGUUGAAGCCGACUGAGCUUCGCGAGAUUAAGGUGCUACCCGAGGAAUGGUCUGGCAAGAGAGAACGCAAGGAGGUGACCUUCAGCAUCGACGUGAUCUCGGCCCAGCAGCUCAUGCGACCCAACGGCAUGCCGCUGAACAAGACGGUGGAUCCCUAUGUCGAGGUCGAGGUGUUCCACCCUAACGACAAGAGGGACAAGAAGGAGGUGGAUCCCACCAUGGCGUCGAUCUCGGAUUCGCCCCUCAAGUACAGGACUCAAGUGAUUCCGGAGAACGGAUUCAAUCCCAUUUUUGAUGGCAAGUUCACUUUCAAGGUUACCACCAAGUUCCCAGAGCUUAUCUUCGUCCGCUUGUCGGUGAAGCUCUCCCACAACGGCGAAAGCUACAACGACCGACCUCCCGUUGCAACGCACACAGCCAAGCUUAGUGGCCUUAAGCGUGGCUACCGUACUCUGCCACUGUUUGACCAUAACGGCGAACAGUACCUCUUUUCGACACUUUUCUGCCGCGUCAGCGUCGACUCUGUUCAGACCAUUCUGUUCGAGAGUCCCGACGACAACGUAGAAAUCAGCAGUACUAACAGCAAGCCUCGAGGAAUUGGGCGAGUUUCUAACAUCUUCGGCACUCGCUCCAACAACAUCAGCCCCAAGUCAAGCAUGGACAAAUCGAGUUAUGACGGCUCCUUGGGCUAA